GGCUCUCCUAGAAGAUACUUUUUCCUCCUUUCUCUCUCCCCCCCUUCUACUACUACUACUCCUCCUCCUCCUCCUCCGUCUCUUUCCGUGUCUCUCUGUGUGGUCUACUUCCCGUCGUCUUCAACGUUGGGCAUCUUCAUUUCUUCGAAAGCAGCAGCUGCGUGGCUAUGGCGGAUCCGCGGUCAUUGAGGCGCGUGCAGCAGCAGUUCAAGCUGAGAGGGCUAGCAGUCACUCUGGACGCGGCCCGAGCGGUCGCACAACACAUGAGCGACCCUCGGUUCCUCACGGUGGAAGAGGCGUUCGACGAGAUUCUUGCACGGCUCGAAAGGAAAAAUCUGACGUCAACGAUUGUGAGCUUGGAGGUCAUCAAGGAAGUCAUCACCUCCUUAGCGGAGGGUGCAGGGAAGGAGGAUUCUCAGUUCAAGCUUAUGGAUGCAUUUGCCAUGCCCAAGCUUUGUUACGACCCUGUCAGAAAGACAUUUUACCUGUCUACCACAAAACGAUCCAUAUUUGGUGAUGCAAAGUCGAAGACAGCUUUAUAUCGAGAAAGGAUGCAGAUCCUUCUGCAGCGGCUGAUGAGGAACAAGCUGUUCAUGAAGCCUGUCUUUGCACUGGAAGCUUCAGAUUCUACCAACUAUUGUGAGCUCACUCCUUUGCAGUCCUUGGUGGGAUGUGCGGGCUGCAAAUACACCAUGGGAAGCAUCUCCCAGCUUGAAGAUGGACGCUUCUUUCUUGAGGACUUCAGUGCGUCUAUUCCAAUCGACCUGUCCAAGACAAUAUCCUUUUAUGGUUCUUGCAUCUCUCUUGUUGCACUGACGCUUGAGGGUGGUGAAUGUUGGAAUCGGCCGAUCUCUCACGAGAUCAUUGUUGAGGCCGGUGCCGUGCCGCCGAAGGGUUGCAUCUAUCGGAUGAGCGAGGAGGAACUUGAGGUCCUCCACGCACAACUUGAUGAUUUGCUGGCCAGGGGCUGGAUCCGCCCUAGCAGCUCCCCAUAUGGAGCACCAGUUCUCUUCGUCAGGAAGAAGAACAAGGAUCUACGAUUGUGUAUCGAUUACCGCAAGCUCAACGUGCAAACCGUCAAGAAUGUGGGGCCUCUUCCUCGCAUCGACGAUCUUCUUGAGCGACUGGGCGGCGCGAAGUAUUUUUCCAAGUUGGAUUUGAAAUCGGGAUAUCAUCAAAUCUCGAUCCAGCCGAACGAUCGCUACAAGACCGCAUUCAAGACGCGGUACGGGCAUUUUGAGUGGGUGGUCAUGCCAUUUGGCCUCACCAACGCCCCUGCGACCUUUCAGGCGGCCAUGACCAAUGAGUUCCGUGCAAUGUUGGACCGGUUUGUGCUGGUCUACUUAGACGAUAUUCUCGUUUAUAAUCGGUCAUUGGAGGAUCAUCUGGGGCAUCUUCGACGACUGUUGGAGACGCUCCGCCGCGCCAAGUACAAGGCCAACCGCGAUAAGUGAGUGGCAGAGCCUCGGAAUGUCACGGAUGUCCGCUCGUUCCUCGGUCUUACCGGCUACUAUCAGCGCUUCAUCAAAGGCUACUCCAAGAUCGCGGCCCACUUGAACAAGCUUAAGUGUGAGGAUCGGUCGUUUGACUUCGGAGAGGAGGCGCGAGGAUCAUUCUUCGCUCUCAAAGCCGCGCUAUUGUCUGCGGAGGUCUUGCGGAUAUACGACCCGCUUGCGCCUACGCGCGUCACUACGGAUCCGUCAGGCUAUGGCAUUGGUGCAGUCCUCGAGCAACAUGAUGGUGUGGACUGGCACCCGGUCGAGUACUUCAGCAAGAAAGUGCCCCUCGUGCAUUCCAUUAACGAUGCACGCAAGGAGCUCCUCGCCUUCGUCCACGCGCUCAAGCGGUGGCGGCAUUUCCUCCUUGGUCGAAGCCAAUUUCGAUGGGUAACGGACAACAAUCCGUUGGUCUUCUACAAGACCCAAGACACCGUCAACAGCACCAUCGCUCGAUGGAUGGAUUUCAUCGACCAGUUCGACUUCUUUCCCGCUCACAUUCCCGGGAAGUCGAACCGCUGUGCGGAUGCUCUCUUACGGCGUCCGGAUCAUUGUAUCGCGGUCUUCUCGACUUUCGAGAUUGACGACGACCUGCGGAACAGCUUCAUCCACGGCUACCAAGCCGACCUCGAGUUUCGUGACAAGUACGCGAAUUGCUCCUCUCCUAAUCCGGCUCCGUCUCACUACCGGAUCCAAGAGGGGUACUUGCUUGUCCACACGUGGGGGAAGGACCUCCUUUGCGUACCGAGUGAUCCUCACUUGCGUACACGGCUUCUUGGCGAGUUCCACGACGCUCCCGCCACCGGACAUUUUGGAGUCAAUCGCACGAUUGGCCGACUCCGCGAGCGAUUUUGGUGGCCCGGCCUUCUCGGCGACGUCACACGCUAUUGCGAGUCAUGCGAGGUCAGAGUUCUGGGAUUGCCGCCGAUUGAGAGUAGAGAAGAAUCAGUGGCUGUAUUAGGUGGUGUCGACAUUUUCGGAGCCGGAGCUGUGGGAGCAGAGGAGGCUAAUCGACUUCGAGUGCAGGAACAAGAUGCCACGGACGAGAUGUUUGUCAUAAUUUCGGACAUUUGGAUUGACCAACAAGAGACAAUGGAGAAACUAGCGACCGUUCUGGACGGGUUUGAAGGAGUGGAUCCGGUUCCGUCGGCGCUUGUGUUUAUCGGCAACUUCUGCUCACGACCGUGCAACCUUGCGAACCACGACUUCCGUAAGAUGAGAUCACAGUUUGCAAAGCUUGGGGAGUUGAUUGCCGCACAUCCUCGGAUAAAGGCAGCAAGCCGGAUGAUCUUUGUACCUGGCCCCGGCGACGUUGAAAAGAUUGUAAAGGGAGCUGGAGGAGGCGGAGGAGGAGACGACGAUGAUGGCGAUGAUGACAAGAAAGGGAAGAAAAAGAUUGGGGAUCCAACAGACAAACCUUCUCAGGAGGCCGAGCAGGUUAACAAAAUAAAACUUAAACUGCCGUGGACCUACAAUGGAAAGAAAGAAGAGAGUGUGUUGCAUUGGGCGGCGACAUUUGAAACGUAUGUAUACGGACAGCGUAUUCCCUAUUGGGACAGGGCAUUGAUGGCAACAUCGUGCAUGGGAGGCGACGCCAUGAGCUUUGUCAUCUCGCUGCAAAAGGAAGCGAGAUGCAACUCCAUGGUAGAGUAUUCGCAGCAAACGCGAAUCGAAGAUUUUCUUAAGUUGAUUAGAGAAACAUUUGAGGAGAAGAAUUUGGCAAGACGAACAAAAAUGUUGAUCCUCAGCCUUCCUGACAGGAAAUGGAAGAGUAACUCUGCACUAAAGGCAACUAUGGAUGAACUAUUGCAAUGCCCUGAUCAUGGGUUGACGCCGGCCCAAAUCUUAAACAGUUUUGCACGAGCACUCCCGGAUCCCCUGAGAACACAACUCUAUCCCCGUACCAAGGAAGAGGGGAUGACAUAUGAGAAGUUCGGCAAGAUUGCCAUAGAUCAUGCCGGCUUCCUCGCUGAAGCAAAUUAUUGCCAUUAUUGGAAGGAUUUGCAAGCGGGUAAGAGAUGGCAAAACCGCACCAUCUCAGGGUCUAUACCUGGGAAAGAUAGUCUCCUUCUAACCUUUGAAGAAGGAGGCGCCGAGACCAUCUCCUGGGAUCAGGUAGACUAUGGUCUCGAUGAACCCAACAGACCGGUAGCUCAGGAGGGGAGUUAUGCGGCUGUUGCAGCCCACGGGGGAGGGCGUCAAGGAAGAGGGCGUGGCCGAGGAAGAGGUCGCGGCCGUGGUGGAAGAGGAUUCGGCACCCAGAGGGGUGGUGGUGAAGGAAGCGACUACGUGGGAGGAAGGGGAAAUGGUCCCUCAUACGGUGGCCGUGGUUCUUACUCCACCUGGGGUAGAGGAAGAGGCUCAUGGUACAACAAAUGGGACAAGUCAUACCCACCACAUCCAGGCCUACCCGAAGAAGAGCCUUGGAAAGAGUUGGGUAUCACGGAAAAACUAGAGGCAGAGGGGAAGGUGGAACGUGUUCUCCACUCUCUGACCUUCUUGGUGGAGGAUAACUUGCCCUUCGAUGUGUUGCUAGGAAUGGAUUGGGGUGAGGCUGCGCAUGCGGAUUUAAAAUUGAAAGAGCAUGAAUGUUGGCUCCCAAGUCCGCAAGGAGAUAAGAAGAGGAUUCGUCUCUACCAUGAGUCUCGAAAAGAAAGCAGCCUAGCUCACUGCUGUAUGAGUGCCCCAGCGUUCGCUCGCCAUGUUAAGAAACAUAACUUGUAUGACCAAGUCUUUGUUGCAUAUGUGCGCCCAGUCAAGGAAGGAGAAACUAAGGAAGAAGUUAAGUCUCAAGAAAUCGAACGGAUCCUACAGGAGUUCGCAGAUGUGGCUGAAGCCCCGAGCGGUGUAGUCGAAAGACCAAUUCGCCACCGCAUUGAUAUCAUUCCAGGGAGCGCGCCCCCGAAGGGGCCUACCUAUCGUAUGUCGCCCCAGGAAUUGGAUGAGCUGCGAACCCAACUCGAUGAGUUGUUGAAAAAUGGAUGGAUCAGGCCUAGCUCCUCGCCCUAUGGUGCGCCUGUACUCUUUGUGCCUAAGAAAGAUGGCGGUGUUCGCAUGUGCAUAAACUAUAGGAGGUUAAACGAUAUCACAGUGAAAAAUGUCGAACCAUUACCGCGAAUAGACGAUUUGCUGGAUCGCGUGCAGGGAAGCAAGAUAUUCUCGAAGAUUGACUUGAAAUCCGGCUACCAUCAGAUUGAGGUUGAGCCGGAAGACCAGCAUAAGACAGCCUUCAGGACGAGGUUUGGGCAUUAUGAGUUCGUAGUUUUGCCCUUUCGUCUAACGAAUGCCCCUGCCACUUUCCAAAGAACAAUGAACGAACUAUUUCGUGAGUGGCUUGACAAGUUUGUUGUGAUUUACCUAGACGAUAUUUUGAUUUUCAGUAAAAAUGAAAAGGAACAUACUGAGCACCUUCGACUUGUGCUAAAUAAAUUGCGAGAAGCAAAACUCAAGAUAAACCCAAAGAAGUGUGAAUGGGCUAAGCGUCAGGUUCUAUACCUAGGCCAUAUGAUUGAUGGAGAUGGGGUCAAACCGGAAGAUGCCAAAAUCGCAGUUAUCAGAGAUUGGCCGAACCCCCGCACCUUGACUGAGUUGCGGUCGUUUCUUGGGUUAGCCAACUAUUAUCGAAAGUUCGUAAGACACUUUACGAUAAUAGCUGCUCCCCUUCGCCGAUUGCUUAAGAAAGAAGUGAUUUGGAAGUGGGAUUCAGACUGCACUAUGUCCUUCAAGCGUCUGAAAAAGUGUUUGAUCAAUUAUCCGGUUCUCAAAGUGGCGGACCCUUCCUUACCUUUCGUAGUCACAACCGACGCUAGUCAAUAUGGUAUAGGUGCUGUCCUUCAGCAAGACGAUGGGCAUGGAUAUAGGCCUGUCGAGUUUAUGUCUUGCCGAUUACCUAACGAGAAGGUGACCGCUUCCACGUAUGAACGAGAGUUGUAUGCUCUACGUGAGGCUCUCAAUCAUUGGCGAUACUACCUUCUAGGACGACAUUUUAAGGUGUAUUCUGACCAUGAAACACUUCGCUGGCUCAAAACGCAAGCUCGAAUGACACCUAAGUUGACAAGGUGGGCUGCGGAAAGUGAUAUGUUUGACUUUGAAUUGAAGCCAGUCAAGGGUAAGUAUAACGUUGUUGCGGAUGCACUAAGUCGUAGAUCAGACUUUUUCGGUGCUAUUGUGACUUAUCUAGAUGUAGGUGCUGACCUACAAGAAAAGAUUAGAACUGCGUAUCCCCUUGAUCCUGUUUAUGGAACCAUGAUUAAGCUAGUGCAAGAAAAGCCAGCAGAGUUUCCCGAUCAUAAAGUAACUCAGGGUCUAUUGUUUGAAAGAACUGAUGUGCAUGAUAGGCUGUGUAUACCCAAUAAUGAAGCGAUCAAGAGUAUGAUCUUGGGGGAAUGCCAUGAUCAUGGAUGGGAAGUAUGAUGUGGAUAAAAUUGUUGCAGAAAA